AUGUCAAGAGCCGUAUCUCGUUACGGUAGCUCGAAUGUAUUUGUUACCACAGAAGACAUAGAAUCUGCCUUACCAGAGUAUAGGUCCAGUUUAAGCAGUAAACCAGAGAUAGUUGUCCCUAAAUCUCCGAGGGAACUAAUGGAAGCGGUUGAACAAUUGUGGAAGGACUUUUUGAGUCAGGACCUUAGCAUGGAGGGCCGCGUUUCAUUCGAUACCCUUGGUAUUGCCCUUCAAAAAGUAUUUGCAAAAGAUAACAAAGAGUUUCAACUAGUUAUCAUUUGUGAAGCAAGGAACGAAUUUGAAUCAACUUUUGUUUCAAGUCUUGAAAAGUGCAAGCGGACGUUAAAUAUAGACUUGAACAGAGUGAGGGAAUAUGUUUCAACAAAUUUAAGAAUCAGCAACUUCAAAGGAUACAAGGACUUCGCCGGAAACAUUGAUUUUGAAGAGUCAUCUGUUAGGAUUGUGACGUCAAGAAACCCGGGUAUGGGCAAGUCGUUGUAUAUUCAACGGAAAUCUGAAGAGUUUCGAACUAAAUUCCAAAAACGUGAAAAUAUCAAAACAGAUAUUAUCACUAUAAGAGCGUGUGGAAAGACUGUUGACAUAAAAACAGUUGUGGAACAAUUGCUGAAAAUUCCCAUGAACCCCAAAAUGAAAUCGUCAAUAUUUUUUCACAUUGACAUUCCGCCAGAGGUCGACAGAGGGAUCGACCACCUACUUUUCAACCUAACCAUGCUGAAUACAUUAACUGAUGAGAAUGGUUACGUUUGGCGAAGGUCUGUCAGCGACAUGUACUUCAUAGAAGCAAUGGCGUUUAAGCAGUGGGAGGAGUCCGGGUCGGCAGAGGUACACGGAGGAACAACGAGGAAUCAGAUCGAGAAAAAGGUACAUGAAGCUGUCAAAAUUACGAAGGAAAAUGUUGCAAAGUACGGAACUAAAAUGUUCACAGUUCUUUUCUUUGACGAAGCGAAUGCAACAGAAGCAGUCGGACUGAUUAAGGAGAUUCUUUGUGACAAGACCAUUGCAGGAUUGCCUAUAGACGCAUGUGAAAAUUUCAAAAUAGUAGCGGCAUGUAACCCAUACAGAAAGCAUAGCAAGGAGAUGAUUGAUCUCCUGCAACAAGAUGGCUUAGGGUACAAAGUAUCAGCAAUGGACACAAUCGACAAACUUGGACAGUUGCCGAUGAGAGAAUUAGUAUACAAAGUUCAACCAUUACCAAAAAGUUUGUUGCCGCUGGUUUGGGACUUCGGGCAACUAAACGAAAACGUUGAAAAACUCUAUAUAUCACAAAUGGUCCCGCAGAAGCUCGCAUUUCUUGCGGAUGAAGAAAUCAGGCUAGUCAGCAUUAUACUCACAAAAUCACAAGCAUUUAUGAGGAUUCAGGAGGAAAUAAACCCAGUAACAAGAUCCUUGGUCCUUGCAUUAGGGGUUUGCUAUCAUGCGUGCCUGCGGAAAAGAGACCUGUACCGACAUGAAAUAGUGAAACACUUUCAACAACCACUAAAACUGGAUUCGGAAAAGGAUUUUCUUCAGGAAAUUACCUUGUGCCAAGAUGUUUUCCUGGAUAACGUUUCAUUACCUGAUAACAUUGCAAAGAAUACAGCUUUGAAGGAAAACGUUUUUAUGAUGAUCGUGUGUGUUGAACUUCGCAUUCCGUUGUUUGUUGUUGGGAAACCGGGGAGCUCCAAGUCUCUUGCCAAGACAAUCGUUAUGGAUGCAAUGCAAGGAAAAAGUUCUCGAAAUACUUUGUUUAGAACCCUGAAACAGGCACAAAUGGUGUCUUUUCAAUGCAGUCCACUUUCUACACCGGAGGGUAUAGUUGGAACAUUCAAGCAAGCUGCACGAUUUCAAAAAGACAAGAGUUUUGACAAGUUUGUUUCUGUUGUUGUGUUAGACGAAGUUGGGUUGGCGGAAGAUAGUCCGAAAAUGCCGCUCAAGACGCUUCAUCAUCUGUUGGAGGACGGUUGUAAAGACGACGUAAACGCAGAACGGGAUACAAAGGUUGCCUUUAUUGGAAUAUCAAACUGGGCUCUUGACCCUGCAAAGAUGAACAGAGGAAUAGUUGUACGACGAGAGGUGCCUGGCCUAGAUGAACUCAAAAUUAGUGCAAGGGGAAUAAUUGCCACCAGCAGAUAUCGUAGUCAUAUUGAGCCUUUAAUUGAGCCGUUUUCAAAAGCAUAUCAAGAACUGCUGAUGAGGGACACACAACUGACCUUAAAAGGAUUUUAUGGUUUACGCGAUUUUUACAGCCUGUUCAAGAUGAUUCGCGGUUUCGUUGAAAAAACAAGGCUGCGCCCAACAAAAUAUGAAGUUUCCCAUGCAAUUAGACGUAACUUUGAUGGUCAUGAUGGACUCAAGGCUGAGACAUGCUUUCAAAAGCACAUUGAAACUGUUAUAAGGCAGACAAAAAAGCCUAGUGACACUGAUCCGGACUGCACCCGUGCAGGAUUAAUUAAGGCCUGCUUGUUUAACACUAAUCAAAUUAACAGUGAAAGCAGAUACUUAUUACUGCUUGCUGAAAACUAUGGUGUUUUGUCGAUUGUUGAACAAUUGAUUUUGAAGGAAGGGAACAAGGAUCGCCCAAUCAUCAUUUUUGGAAGUAGUUUUCGAUGUGAUCUUGAGUACACGCAAAUAUGUAGAAACAUAAACAAAAUUAAGAAUUGCAUGGAAAUGGGGAAUACAGUUGUUUUGCUGAAUCUUGAAAAUCUGUACGAAAGCCUUUACGAUGCGCUCAAUCAGUACUACAUUGAGUUUGGAGGCGAACGAUAUGUUGACCUAGGACUAGGCACACACAGAGUGAAAUGUGCAGUACACAAAGACUUCCGGCUAAUCGUGGUCGCCGAAAAGAAAACCGUGUAUGAGCGAUAUCCUAUUCCGCUCAUCAAUCGCUUGGAGAAACAUUUCUUGAAUAUAAGCACAGUGUUGAAUGAUGAACAGAAAAAGAUGUCGAAACAACUCGAAAAAUGGGUCGAGGAUUUUGCCGCUGAAGUUGGGCCGAAACGAGAACCUCACAACACCAGAACUGUCGGUGAUGUCAUCAUUGGGUAUCACAGUGAUGCUUGUCCCGCUGCUAUAUUACAUGUGUCCGAAAAGCACCCCGAUUUACUUGGUACUGAGAAAGAAAAACUGUUGUCAGAAGCCAAAAACUUACUUCUCUGGUGUGCUACGCCGGAAUCCGUGCUAUUAUGUAAGGCUCACUAUCAGGAUUUGCAAGAGCAAUAUCACAAGCAACAGGAACAUGGAAGUCUAGGGGCGUAUCUCCAUUUCAAAUUGAAGAAAGAAAACUGCAAUCAAAUAUAUGCACAGUUGACGACCCAUUCAAAAUUGCUGUCCCAGCCUAAUAUCGUUCUCAUCAGCGAUGCCACUGACAUACCAGCUAAAAGCAUACUUUUAAUAGAAUCGUUGGCGGGAUUUGAAACGGAGCAACAGUUUAGUUUAAGGAUUCAAAAACAUCUACAACAAAACACAACUAAUCCUAGUUUGAUACUUGUGCAAUGUGAUUCUGCAGACGUGAAUUCUAAUCUGAUUUCUUGUGCGAAGUAUAAUAUUAUGGAAGAAGUCGAGAAAGUUCGAGAAGAAAGACGCGAAGCAUCGGCUCACAUUGUUUUCAUCAUUCAGUUGCCAAGAAUACCGGGCGGGUGUUUUUCUGGAUUUCAGUGCGGUCUUUGGCAUUCGGCUCAUAUAGAUGACUUGCUUCCGGAGGACCUCAGUUUUCCUACUCAAAAUAUUAUGAAUAGUUGUACAAUGGGAGAGUUGUUCAACGACUUAGCCAAAUCACUCCAGACAUCUGCGUAA